AUGAAGCCUACGAUUUGCUUCCUUCUUAUUUUCAUCUCCGUUCUGCAGCUGAUGAGCCCAGGGAAUGCUCAAUGCUCCUUAGACUAUGUUGUGGAUACAAAGAUCAAGGAUGCUAUCAGCAGAAUAGGUGUGAAGAAGAAUAUAGCCUGCAUCAGUGUGAAAAACUCAGGCUCCCUGGCCUCAUGCCCUGCUGGGAUGGUUGUCACUGGGUGUGCUUGUGGCUACGGCUGUGGCUCAUGGGAUGUCCAGAAUGGGAACACGUGCCAUUGCCAGUGCAGUGGGAUGGACUGGACUACUGCCCGCUGCUGCCACCUGGUCUGA